CGGCGGGAGGCGUCCGGCGGAAGUGAGGCGUUGCGCCUGCGCGGCGGCCGCCGGCCCGGAGAUUGUGUGAACCAUGGAGAAGUUUGGCAUGAACUUUGGAGGUGGCCCGAGUAAAAAAGAUCUUCUAGACACUAUUGAAUCGCAGAAGAAGCAGCUUCUUCAGUACCAGGUUCGGUUGAAGGAUGUCGUCAGAGCCUACAAGAGCCUACUCAAGGAGAAGGAAGCCUUGGAAGCCAGCUUAAAAGUCUUGUCUGUGUCUCACGAGGCAGAUACUGGCUUGAGUGGUGCUCAGCCUGCGUCUAUGGCUAGCUCCAGCUCUUCCUUUGCUGAUUCUGCUGACGACAGGAGCUCGGUUCACAGCGAAGACAGCGUGGGGACAGCUACCAGUGCAGACACUGCUGCCAGUCUGGCCAGUACCAAGGGUGAGCCAGGGCCUGAGGAUGAUAAGCCUGUGGCUGGCGCUUCCUCUCUUAAAUCAGAAGAGACGAGCGGUUCAGAGAGCGGCAUCAGCACGAGCAGCGGGGACGUGCCAUCUGCUGCGAGUGAGGCUGAUAAAAGAGUGCUCCAGCUGAAGACCCAGCUGGCCACCUUGACCAGUGCUCUGUCAACAGUCACGCAGGAGAAGUCCCGCAUGGAAGCCUCGUACCAAGCAGACAAAAGGAAGAUGAAACAGGACCUGGAUGACGCCGUUAAGAAAGCAGAGGAUGAGACCGAGAAGCUGGAGACGGAGCUGAAGUCUGUCCAGGAACAGCUGGCCGAGACCAAAGCCCGUCUGAUCACGCAGCAGCACGACCGAGCCCAAGAACAGAGCGACCACGCCGUUAUGCUGCGAGAGCUACAGAAGCUGCUGCAGAGCGAGAGGACUUUGCGCCAGGAUGCGGAGCUGAGGCUGGAGGAGACCAGGGAGGCCCUGGCCGGGAGGGCGUGCAUGGCUGACCGCGCCGAGGGGUACGAGCUGCAGAUUAAGCAGCUGGGCCAGGAGGUGGAAGACCUGAAGAAAGAGCUGCAAGCUGUUCAGGAGGAGAACAACAAGCCAGACCCUCGGAUACAGCGUCUGCAGGUGGAGAUGGCCAGCCUGAAGAACCACUUCCAAGUGCAGCUGCUGCAGGAGAUGAAGAAGGCUGCACAGGCCGAGGAGCAGCUCCGCCAGCACGCCCAGAUGGAGGAGCGGCGAGUGGCCGACUUGGAGGGCCAAGUCUCCGAAGUGUCGGAACUCCUUGGCACUUACGAAAAAGCCAAGCAGAAAGACCAGGUGAUCAUUCAGAAGCUCAAGGACCGCAUCGUACAGUUGGACCUGGAGAACAAAACCCUGGCCAUCGCUGCUUCCAGCCGAUCCCCUGUUGAUGUUCACAUAGAAGAAGCCAACCUUGAUGUUAAUGUUCUAAAGGAUAAAAUGGAGAAGCUGAAAAAGCUCUUGCAGGCAGCAGCUAAGAAGAGUCAACCCGCUCUGGACAUCGAGAAGCUGUGUGAGCUGGAGCUGCCAAAGGGCACUGAGGCUGGGGAUGGCGAGAAGGCCACUGCUUUGUACUAUCAGCAGGAGCUGAAGCAGCUGAAGGAAGAGUUUGAAAGGUACAAGAUGAGGGCACAAGUGGUUCUCAAGAACAAGUCGGCCAAAGAUGGCAAUCUGGCUAAAGAACUGGAGGAAGCUCAAGAGCAGCUAGCGGACCUGAAAGAGAAAUACAUUGUGCUUCAGCUGUCCUCUGAUGAAAUGGAGAAGCAGCACCAGCAAGACAUGGAAGCCAAGAAGCAAGAGUUGUCCCAGGUGCAGCAAAUUCAUAGGCAGGAGUUGGAGCGGUGCCAGCUGGAUUACAGGGAACGGGCGCUGAAGCUGGAGGAGGAGAUGCACAAGCAGCGGGACCGAGCACUGGCGGUGCUGGCAGAAAAGGACCAAGAGCUGGAGCAGCUGAGAUCUGUCACGUUGCCUUACGGGCUUCAAGGUCCCAAAAACUACCUAGCAUCAGGGACUGACGUUACUGGCAGUGACUCACCGGGUAACGAUUCCUCAGACUUUCUCCCCCAGGCUCUUCACCUCUCCGCCACCAGUGAGCCCACCUUCUUCUUGUAUGCAGAGCAGCUGGCUCGCAAAGAAGUGGAAAUUGUAGCGCUGAGGAAGCAGAAGCGCAAGCUGGAAAUGCAAGUUCACCAGCUCCAGGAGAAAAUCUUGGUUGAGGAGGAGAAACGCCGGGAAGAGGUAUCUGCACUUCAAAGCGAAAUCGAGAAGAACUUCAGAGAUAAGAGCAGAGAAGGAGCCAACCUGGAAUACCUCAAAAACAUUGUUUAUAGAUUUUUGACAUUGCCAGAUUCUCUGGGUCGCCAGCAGACUCUAACUGCCAUAUUGACUAUUCUGCACUUCAGCCCAGAAGAAAAGCAAACCAUUACAAAGCAGUCAGCUUACAGCAGCUGGUGGCUUUCUGGGAAGAGAUGAGAUGGUAGCUUUUAUUCCUAACUGCUUUUGCAUAGUAACAAGUUUCUGAUUAUUAACUAAGACCACUGCACUUGUGGUGUAACCUCUUCCCAACUUUGCAAUGGUGCAGGGAGCUUUCAGCAAAGAAUUGGGCUUAAACUAGUGCUCUUAGCACUAAUUUAAAGUAGCAUUGUGCCGACUAUUCCAGUAGGAUCACAGUGCUCUCUGGUGUGAGAAUUUGCUCUGAGUUGGAACUAGAUUGAAAAAAAAAAAAAAAAUUGAAGAUACUGAUGCUUUUUUAAGCACAAUUUAAAAAGAAUCCCUACCUGUCAGGCGUAGGGUGAGGAGCUUUAUUAGAGUGGAACUUGCUUGUAUCUUCAAACAGUAGACAGGCUUCUGACUCAAAAGAUUUAAAAGUGGGGGGGAAGCACUUAACACGGUGCUAAAAUAACAUAAGACAAAGAGCUGAAAUCCUGCAAGAAGGAUGAGUCUUAACUACCAGCAUCAUCCAAAUGCAGAAGAUCUAGAGCGUUUUCUAAUUUUUAUUUUUUUUUUUUUUUAAGGAGAGCCAAAUUUAUACCGUGGAUUCAGCAGCUCCUCGUAGCGCUGGGGGCCAUCUGAUGGCACAGCACGUUACGGUGUGCUCCGUUACUGACCAGGGGUCCUCUCUGCGGAUAUCGGUGUUUCCCAGGAAGGAGAACAGAUAUCCUAAGUAUUUAAGGUUGGACCCUGGUAACUGCAGCGUUGCAAGCAGUGUUUCCCCACCAGUGUCAAGCCAGCAGUGCUAUGUAGCAGUUCUCUUAGAGCAGAUACCUGAGCUUUCUGCCCCUGUUUGAGGUGGGAACUGGGGUGAUGCAGAAAGCAGACGGAGGAAAAGCUGAGAUAGGCACACUGACCCUUCAGCAGUCAGCUUCGGAGCGUUUGGGGAGUUUCAGUGGAGUUUUGGUGUUCUGCAAUGUUGUUUUGGGAAGCAAGGCAUUGCUCCUGCUGGGAUAGAAGCAGUGAGGGGCAGAAGAUAACUGCUCUGAGGGCAACGUGUGCCCUGAGCUUGCACUGAACACCGUGAGGGUGAGGGCCUGGCCGCUUGCUGCAUAGACCUUGAAGCUCUUAUGUAAUUUCCCGCAGGUUGGUGAGCAUGGCAGGAAGGAAGCCAAACAUUUUGAAACACCGCUGGCUUUGGUGGGCCCCUGGAAGCUCCCUGCUGGCAUUCCUGUGUUUUGCAGUUGUGCUCUGGCUCCUGACUGCUUAGACCCAGAAUGACUGAGCUGAAAGCCCUGGCUCAGGGGGAAGAUGGCUGGAAUAGGUGUUUUACAAACGGUUGCAAGGCUGAAAGCAGAGUGUUUUGAGUAUUGGUGGGCUGUGUGAGAAGGGUCAGGACCUCGAGGAGCUGCCUGCUCCUGCCCCGGUAUCGGGGAGGGCAGCUGCCAGGCUCCGUGUGAGACCGGCGCUGGCACAAGCAAACUCCUCUUGCGCUCUGCUGCGGUGGGAACCUGAAUUUCCUUUUGUUGUUUGAGCCCUGUGCUCGGGUUCCUGGAGACCCGACAGGCUGGAGAAGGGGAACGUGCUGUUUCACCCUCAGAGCUCAUGUUUUCACUGGUCGAGGGCAGCGUCUGGCUUUACUCUGGUGCGUUCCCUUUGCCUUCUGUCUUCCCCCCUGCCAGGUUGAGACAAGGGAAGCAGCCACUUGUCUGGAGGGACAGACCGAGUCCCUGGGGAUCUCCCCAGCCCAUCCCCUGGGUGCUGGGGCCACUAGAGGGCACCCACUGGUCGCCCAGUGCCCCAGGGACGGGGACCCUGGGGUGCAGCAGCGCCAGGGCUGGCUCCCCUGGGAUGGGACCUGCCUCUGAAAAGCGACACAAGGAAAGCAGCAAGGGACAUGAGAGGGCUGAGGUUGGGUCCUGGCUGGGCCGGGAGGUCAAUGCUGUGUCUCAGGGCAGCUUGCACAGGGGCUGCAGGGUCAGCAGGGUGGGUUUCUCUGUCCAAAACAUUCUCUGCUGUGGUGAACAGCUCCUGAGGUCUGGGGCAAGGUGCUGAUGCUUUCUGUAACGAAGGGUAUGCAAGGUCAGGGGAAAAAAAAAAAAAAAAAAAGUGCCAGCUGUGGUGUGUCCGGUGCUGCCUGCUGGCAUUGAGUGAUCUGAAAUGGGAAGGAGCAUCUCGGUGGGGUGGGAAGAGCUGUGCUGGCUGGAUCUUCUGGAAAAGUGCCCAUCAGGAAGUGUUUGUGCUGAUAUUUAAAUGGUCACUGCUCUCUCAAAACCAGGGAGGGAUGUUUUGCUUCCAGAGAGGUUGGGUGGUUGCCUGCAGCCCUGGGAACCGGCUACUCCCAGCUGUGCUUUUACUGAAGCUUCUAGAGCUUUCUCAUCUGCGUAGGCAAAAUCUCACUUUGUUUGCAUGCACCUGCUUUGGUUUUAAUUAAAGCUUGGCUACUAAAGCACAA